AUGGCGACCGCGGCGGCAGGGAGCAGGAGGUGCGGCCGGAGCCGCAAGCCCCUCGCGCCGGUGCUCGACAACGACGCCAACAUCUCCGCCGGAAGGGCCGACCUCGCCGCUGCCCUAACCCCGCAACCACGCAAGGCCAAGAGGACGUCGCCGAAGAUCCGCAAGGCUGAGACGGGGCAGGCGUCCCCGGUAGCCGACGAGCCGAUGGGGACGCCUCCCGCCCAGGUCGACGCCGCCGACGCCCCCCUUGGGAAGGCAGAUGUCGCCACGGCACCCGCCUCGACACAGAAGGCGAAGAGGGCGUCGUCCAAGGGCGGCAAGGCCAAGGGUGCGGCGCCGUCGAUGGCCGACGAGCUGACGGAGCUGCAGGGGAUGCUACAGAGGCUGCGGCUGGAGAAGGAGAAGGCGGAGGAGAUGGUGCGGGAGCGGGACGAGGUCAUCCGGCAGAAGGAGGAGGAGAUUGAGACCAAGGCCAAGCAGCAGGAGCGCCUCCAGGCCGAGCUCAAGAAGAUGCAGCGCGCCAAGAUGUUUGAGCCCACCAUGAACCUUCCUCUCGUCCAGUCUCUUCUUGGCAAGGACCAGGAAGGAGAUGACAAAGGCAAGAAGAAGAAGAAGAAGAAGGGAAAAGGCAAGGCCGGCAAUGAGAGGAAGAAGCCAGCACCGGCGUACAUUCUGUGGUGCAAAGACCAGUGGGCCGAGAUCAAGAAGAGCCCCGAUGCAGACUUCAAGGAGGUCUCGAACGCUCUGGGCGCCAAAUGGAAGACCCUGAGCAACGAGGAGAAGCAGCCCUACGAGGAGAGGUACCGGCAGGAGAAGGAGGCCUACCUACAGGUGGUUGGCCAGGAGAAGCGCGAGGCGGAGGCGAUGAAGCUGCUCGACGAAGAGCAGAUGCGCUGGACGGCGAAAGAGCUGCUGGAGCAGUACCUCAAGUUCAGGCAGGAGGCCGAGGAGGAAGACGGCAACAGCAAGAAGGCAAAGAACAAGAGGAAGAAGGAGAAGGAUCCCUCCAAGCCGAAGCAGCCCAUGCCGGCCUACUUCCUCUACUCGCAGGAGAGGCGUGCAGCGCUGGCCGCCGAGAAGAAGAGUGUCCCUGAGAUUGGCAAGAUCACAGGGGAAGAGUGGAAGGGCAUGACGGAGGCUCAGAAGGUUCCUUACGAGGAGGUUGCGAGGAAGCAGAAGGAGGAAUACCAGAAGCAGAUGGAGGUGUAUAAGCAGAAGAAGCUGGAGGAAAAUGCGAGCUUAGAGAAGGAAGAAGAGGAGCAGAAGAAAAUCCUCAAGCAGGAGGCUCUGCAGCUUCUCAGGAAGAAGGAGAAGGCAGACAACAUCAUCAAGAAAACCAAAGAGAAGCGUCAGAAGAAGAAGCAGCAGCAGAACGCCGACCCGAACAGGCCCAAGAGGCCCGCGUCUUCCUUCCUGCUCUUCAGCAAGGAGGCGAGGAAGCAGCUGGCGGAGGAGCGCCCCGGGGUGAACAACGCGACGCUGAGCGCGCUCAUCUCGGUGAAGUGGAAGGAUCUGAGCGGCGCGGAGAAGAAGGUGUGGAGCGAGAAAGCGGCCCAAGGGAUGGCGGCGUACAAGAGGGAGAUGGAAGAGUACACCAAAGCUCACACCUCCGCCUCCUCCUCGCCUACUGCUACUGCUUAG